ACCGCGCGGCCUCCAGUCCUCGCUGGUCUCCCUGUCGGGCUCCGGGUCCCUGUCGCCCUGCCCUCAGUCGCUGCCUGCUCGCCGCUUCUCCGGGCUGUUCUCAGUGUCCUCAGUGUUUCUCCCUGUCCUCCUCUGUCCCCGUCGCUCGCUGCGCUGCCCUCAUCUCCCAGCCUCCGUGCGGGUGGUUCUCCGGAGCUUCGGUGUCCGAGACUUGAAGACUUGUCCCUGCGCCCAUGGAAGAGCCCGUUGCGCCCAGCUCUGUCUCCAGAAAGCCCGAGGAGCCAGGGGCCCGGGCAGAGGUCAUGGAAGAAAUGACAGCGUGCUCCUUCAACAGUCCUCUGUUCCAGCAGGAAGACAAGAGAGGGAUUACCUACCGGAUCCCAGCCCUGCUCUACGUCCCCCCUGCCCACACCUUCCUGGCCUUUGCAGAGAAGCGUUCCACGAGCAGGGAUGAGGAUGCUCUCCACCUGGUGCUGAGGCGAGGGUUGAGGACUGGGCAUUCGGUGCAGUGGGGUCCCCUGAAGCCACUGAUGGAAGCCACAUUACCUGGGCAUCGAACCAUGAACCCCUGUCCUGUGUGGGAGCAGAAGAGUGGUCACGUGUACCUAUUCUUUAUCUGUGUGCAGGGUCAUGUCACCGAGCGUGAACAGAUUGUGUCAGGCAGGAAUGCUGCCCGCCUUUGCUUCAUCUGCAGUCAGGAUGCUGGAUGUUCGUGGAGUGAGGUGAGGGACUUGACUGAGGAGGUCAUUGGCUCAGAGGUGAAGCACUGGGCCACAUUUGCUGUGGGCCCAGGUCAUGGUAUCCAGCUACAAUCAGGGAGGCUGGUCAUCCCUGCAUACGCCUACUAUAUCCCUCAUUGGUUCCAUUGCUUCCGGCUACCAUGCAAAACCAGACCUCAUUCCCUGAUGAUUUACAGUGAUGACCUAGGGAGCACAUGGCACCAUGGCAGUUUCAUUAGGCCCAUGGUGACAGUGGAGUGUCAAGUGGCAGAGGUAACUAGGAAGGAUGGACAAACUGUGCUCUAUUGCAGUGCCCGAACACCCAACAGAUGCCGGGCAGAGGCUCUGAGCACUGACCAUGGUGAAUGCUUUCAGAGACAGGUCUUGAGCCCACAACUCUGUGAACCCCCACAUGGCUGCCAAGGCAGUGUGGUGAGUUUCAGGUCUCCAGAGAUCUCACAUAGGAGCCAGAUCCCUAGUGGCAAAGGUACUCCCACCAUUCAAAAGAGCCCUCUGCUUGACAGUUCACUGAGGCUGAAGGAGGAAGCUGGACAGCUGGCAGAGUCAUGGCUGUUGUAUUCACACCCUACCAGUAAGAAACGGAGGAUCAACCUAGGCAUCUACCUCAACCAGAACCCCUUGGACACUGCCUGCUGGUCCCAACCCUGGAUCUUGCACUGUGGACCCUGUGGCUACUCUGAUCUGGCUGUUCUGGAGGAGGAGGGCUUGCUUGCAUGUUUGUUUGAGUGUGGGAUCAAGCGGGAGUGUGAGCAGAUUGCUUUCCGCCUGUUUACAGACCGAGAGAUCCUGAGCCACAUGCAGGGGGAUUACACCAGCCCUGAUAGGGAACCUGAGUUAAUUCAAGACUAAUUGGCUUAUGCUCCAACUUUCUAUGGAAGGGGAUGACAGCCACAAUGAGAACAACAGAGGUUACUGAAGCCUAUAAAGCAAAGAAGUUAAUAUUCUGCUAACUUUUUUUCAUUUCUCCUCUUACAAAGGGCAAAAUGAAAAUUUUGCCAUAGCUAGCUACUGCAGUGGAAAGAGCACUGAACUGAGAGUUGGCAGACUUUGAUGUAGUCCUGGCUCUGUCACUGGCUUGCUUUAGGACCUUGGAAAUGUCAGUCGAACUCUGUGGACCUCAGGUUUCCAUCUGUAUUGGUUUUGUGAUUUUUUUGUCUUCCCAUCCAUCCCUAAAAACAUGCUUCAAGUUCUGGAUCCAUAAAGAAUUCAGAUCCCAAAGUAGAACACAGAGGACUUACCUUUUCAAUUGAUUCGCCCCUCACUGAAUGUGAGGUUAUAAGCAGACGACAUGGAAAAAAGGAUGAUCUGGAUGUCUUCCUCCAUUUCUCAUAAGAAAAGCAUCACACCCUCCUAAUCAUGCUCAAAACUCUAUCCUAGAGUAAUUAGGUGAAACAGUAGAAUCAUGAGGUCACCUACCUUCUCUAGCCGUGCAACUCUGCUCAACCUUCUCUUUCUCAUCCAGAAAGCAGCAUUUCCCAGGAAGAAAAACAAGAAGUUCAUUAUCAGUAGUCCUUAAUAAUGAUGUUUAUUGCUUCUGAUGUCAUUAUGAUGAUCAAAGAUGAGCCUGGAGUUUAUUUAUUAGGAUGGUUCCUGAAAGGAAAAGGAUAUGGGUUAAGACUUUUAAACAGUGGACAAAACUUAGCAGUCUCUACCCUCAAGGAGCCCACAGUUUAAGGGAUUAGAAGAAGAAGAAAAUUCAAGAAGACAAAUGCAGCUUGUGGGAUGGUUUGUAGAUGUUGGGCUAUAAGUUGGGGUGAUGGUAGCUCCUGAUAGCAUUGGCUUAGUUGCAUCUUCAGUAAGCCUGGAUUCAUCAGCCAAGGGGCUUGUGUAGGCUGCUGGGUUUCCCCUGGGUUUCUCUUUCUCAGAAUGCUGUUCUGGGCUAGCCACGCCUUUUCCAGCUGAGGAGGUCUUCUCCAUUUAAGUAGGUCUCUGGAUUCCCAAGCUUCUGUAUCAAUCCUAUUUGUUUGAGCCUACUUGUGAAAUGGAGAAGCUUCUCUAAGAGUUUUGGGGCUGAACUUAGCUGGUGUUGGGUCUCUCAGAUGAUACCAGAAUUCUCCUAUCUUAGAUUGUAUCCCCCCAUAGACUUACUGUGGCAUAAAUUCUAUCACGAUUUAUUGUUUGUCACAUUUUAGGAGGUUAAUGCCUUAAAUUGGUAUCAGUAUUUUUGGUGCUGGGUAAUGACCAUGGUGAGCAAAUCUUAGUCAUAGAAUGCAGCUAAAGGGGCUAGGGUUUGGACUUGCACCAGUCAGGUGAAAGACAGUCCUACAGGGUGAAAAGUAGAGGUUAACUUUCCCUACUUUGGCAUAUUGUUUAAGUCCAUAUUUUAGAGUGGCUUUUUAAAAAUAUUUAUUUAUUUAUUUAUUUAUUUGAAAGAGUUACAGAGAGAAAGAGGCAGAGAGAGAGAGGUCUUCCAUCUGCUGGUUCACUCCCCAAGUGGCUGCAAUGGCCAGAGCUGGACCAAUGCAAAGCCAGGAGCCUGAAGCUUCUUCCAUGUCUCCCACAUGUGUGCAGGGGCCCAAGGACUUGGGACAUCUUCCACUGCUUUCCCUGGCACAUUAGCAAGGAGCUGGAUUGGAAGUGGAGCAGCUGGGACUUGAACUGGUGCCCACAUGGGAUGCUGGCAUGACAGGCAGCAGUUUUACCUGCUAUGCCACAGCGCUAGCCCUUAGAGUGGCUUUUAUAAAUUCCCUUAGUUUCUCAUACAUUUGCUAAAAUAAUCUCCCCAAUUCACAAGAUCAUCCAUUCACUUAUGUGUACGUUAAUCCAAAUAUUUCUUAAGUAGCUGUGCAUAAUGCAAAGUAGUUUCUAUUGUCAUUCCUUGGUCCACAGUCAUUUGUGCUUCCCCAUUGCUUGCUAAAGGAUGUUUACAUUUAGCCUAACACACAGAACCUUCCAAUUGGUGGAUGAAUUAAUGGAUAAAUACUUCCCUCUACUUCCUAUGUGAAGCCCACUGUCAGGGAAGACCUCCAUAUCAUGUUGGCAAAUGGAGGGCAGCAGGGGCCUAGUGGUGGGCAGAGCUGGUGAUGCAGGGAGGAACUGGGGAAAGGAGGGAUUAAAAGGGCAGCUUUCUUCUGAAGGGUAGCGACUCUUUACUCAGUAAAGUUUUCCUGAGCACUGUACCCCAAGUAGAUUGAAAUAGGGAUGAUGGCUAUGCUCUUUAACCAGGGCAAAAGAAAGGUUAAGAGAAUGAGAAUAUAAAGACUUCCUUAGGACUCUCCAAGAAGGGAGUCAGGGAAGGACCUCAGUCACUCUUUUUUUUUUUUUUUUUUUUGACAGGCAGAGUGGACAGUGAGAGACAGAGAGAAAGGUCUUCCUUUUGCUGUUGGUUCACCCUCCAAUGGCUGCUGUGGCCGGCGCGCUGUGGCUGGCACAUCGCGCUGAUCCGAAGGCAGGAGCCAGGUGUUUUCUCCUGGUCUCCUAUGGGGUGCAGGGCCCAAGCACUUGGGCCAUCCUCCACUGCACUCCCUGGCCACAGCAGAGAGCUGGCCUGGAAGAGGGGCAACCGGGACAGAAUCCGGUGCCCCGACCAGGACUAGAACCCGGUGUGCCGGCGCCGCAAGUGGAGGAUUAGCCUAUUGAGCCACAGCGCCAGCCCAGGACCUCAGUCACAUGCCAGUGUGAACCAGAUUUCAAAUCCAGAACUCAGGAGACACCCAUGUCUCUAAAUUGCCUUCUCCUAACUCCUUUCCAUUUGACUCAUGUUUGUUUCUCCUUAGCAUUUAGCAGUAAAACUAUUAAUGGGAAAGAGUCUAUUAAUUUAUUUUAAGGAUAGUAAGAAAAGAGGGUUGGGGACAUAGCUGAAAUCAAGAAUUAGGACUAGAGUGAGAACAGGAUGGGUGAUGGCAGCUGUGAGGCAAGAAUGGUGGAUAGGAAUCCUGGCACCUGUCAGCAAAGGGAGAGUAACACAGACAUGAGUGUUAGGCUAAAGAUAUGGCAUAGGUGGCAGCUGCUGUGGAGAACAAGUGACAACAGGCUGGAGCUGUUCCCUGAUAUCUGUGAAAAGGGAGAGACGUGGACAGGCCAGCAGCUUAGUCUGCAGAAGGAGUCCUACCCAACCCUGUAACUUGUAGCUAGCUCAACUUGCCCAUGUUCCAGGUGGCCAACAAAGACAGCUUUAGGCACUCCAACUCUUUUUGUAUCAAUCACCAAGACCUCCAGGGCCCUGGGACCUAUACAUGAUACUGGUCCCCUGAGCCCAUUUCAGCCACUUUCAGACUGGUAGAGUAGGAAAGACAAGGCAGGUGAUGGCAGCUGUGAAGAAAAGAAGAAAGCUCAUGGGAAGCCAAUAGUCUAUACAAGCAUGAAGAAAGGAUUAUUAUGGACUAUGGUUCUUUGCCUUCUGAAGCUUCCCACUCUUCCCUUUGUGUGUUUAGAAUGAAUCCAUACAGCACAGAUGGCCCACCGUUGACAGUGCAGGAAAGUAUGGUUAGGGGCCUCUUGCUGCUGGUAUCUACCCAGACCAACUUCCUAUCCAUUGAACCUUCUGGCUCUGCUCAUGCUCCUCACCUCCUCAGCUCCCAAUAAUUACCUCAGGCCCUUGUUGUUUGGGUACUUUUAUCUGGACCUGUUUCUCAUGAUCAUCAGUUUCCCCUCAGCCACAGAAUAUCAUGCAGCUACAGUUAGAGGUAAGAAACUUACCCUGCCUGUUGGGAAGCACAGACGACCUAUAGAAGUCCACCUGAGCCCACAGUCUUCUACCAAGGGCAGUCAUAUUAGUCAGCUUUUUGUUACUACAACAAGAUACCUGAGAAAAUCUACUUAAAAAGCAAAGGAAGGUUUAUUUAGUUCACAGUUUGAGAGGCUGAAAGUCCAAAGAGCAUGAUGCAGACUUUGGUUCUAGUCAGGGUUUGGGUGCAAUGGUGGGGUGCAUGGGAAGGAAGGAUCAUAUCCAGGAAGCAGAGAAGACAGGUUGGACCCAAGCUCAGGCUUUAUAACAGCCCUCUGGUGAGAACUACCUUCUGAGGACACACCCCCAGACACCUGAGGACUUACUAGGCCCCACCUGCUGAAGUUUCUGCCACCCCCCAGUAGCACUGACCUGAGGACAAGCCUUUAAUACAGGGGUCUUUGGGACACCCCCAGACUGAUAUCCAAACCACAGCCCCUGUAGGAUUUGAUAUCUCCACUUUGGCAGAUUAGGCUGUUCCCUCUUCUCCAGUACUCCCCAAGUUUUCCCACUACAUUAUUCAGAUAGAUGUUGUGUCAUUCUUUUUGCUGCCAAGGUUCAUGGUCUGAGUUCCCCCUUGAGCCUUACCACAGACUACCUGUGUUAUUGUCUGUGUUGUGCCCUCUGGGCCUCUGCUGGGCUGUAGAUGUCUCUCUAUGUCCUUUUUAUCUUUUUACCAAUGGCUUACCUAUAAAUAUAUGCUUUUUCUAUCCUAUCCUGAAUUCCCUGAAGGUAAGGACUGUGUCUGAUUCCUCUCUGUGUCCUCUGUAACCAGCAUAGGGCCUGAUGCAGAGUAGGUAGCAAUAAAGCUCUGCUGAAUGAAUGAAUGCAUCAACAGUGCUUGGCCUUGUGGAGCAUAUUGAGGAGGCCAGGGAAGCUCUGCCCCAGGGUGGAAGAUGUUGCCUCCUGGAUUGCAAAUCAUUUGAGACCUCUUUGCACUCACUCUGAAUGAGUGUUGUCUGCUGCCAGCUCCCUGGUCAUAGCACUGCCUGGAAAUGGGCUUUAAUUCUGGUUUAGGCUUGACUCUGUCUAGAUGUCCUGUGGAAGAUGCCCCAAGCCCAAAGGCAUUCCUUCAUGGCAUUUCACUGCCAUGUCCCCUCUGCCCUCGAGUGGGUUUUCUACAAUUGCCUCUCAUGUAGGACUUCAGUAGAGAUACUGUGGCUCAGUGUGUUGUGUGUCUGCUCUGUGAUGCCCAGUGUUACAAAUACUCUCUGUGCCAUGCAACUCCUGCCACUCUUUGAAACAUGAAAGAUAAAUAAAGAGCUUGAUUCUGGUGA